UCGUGUAUCUCCCAGUGUGGCAUCAGCAGGAGCUUGCACCAUGGGGCUCUCCUGCACGCGCCUCCUUCUCUUGAUGCUGCUUGGUUUGUGGUGGCCAGGUUUGGCGUGGCAUCGAGUGGGAGCAGCUCAGGUCCGGGAGCACUACAUAGCCGCAGAGACUACCAGCUGGAGCUACAGACCCCAGUCCAAAGAACAGUCCAGAUUAGAAAAUUCUGAGCCUGUGUUUAAGAAAAUUGCCUAUAGAGAGUAUGAAGCAGAUUUUCAGAAAGCAAAACCAAGAGAUACUUUCUCAGGACUUCUGGGACCAACUCUGCGUGCUGAAGUGGGAGACACUUUAGUAGUUCACUUUAAGAACAUGGCCAACAAACCGCUGAGCAUUCACCCACAAGGCAUAGCUUACAACAAACUGUCAGAAGGUUCCCUGUAUGCUGACAGAACAUCUUCUUUUGAAAAACUGGAUGAUGCUGUGCCUCCAGGCCUGGUGUAUAAAUACACAUGGGAGAUCACAGCAGAAAUUGGGCCUAAAGAAGCCGACCCUCCCUGUCUCACCUAUAUCUAUUACUCACAUGAGAACAUGGUGAUGGACUUUAACUCCGGUCUGAUUGGAGCAUUGCUUAUAUGUAAAAAAGGAAGCCUGAAGGAAGAUGGGACACAGAAGCUGUUUGACAGAGAAUAUGUGUUGAUGUUUGCUGUGUUCGAUGAAAGCAAAAGCUGGCAAAAAUCAACCUCUCUCCUGUACACGAUUAAUGGUUACGCUAAUGGGACGUUGCCAGACCUCGGAGCUUGCACAUAUGAUAACAUUAGCUGGCAUUUGAUAGGAAUGAGCUCCAAACCAGAGAUAUUCUCCAUCCAUUUCAAUGGGCAAGUCCUGGAACAAAACCGUCGCAAGGUCUCGACCGUCAGCCUUGUGGGAGGUGCAUCGACCACAGCAAACAUGACUGUGAGCCAGAAAGGAAGGUGGCUGAUAUCUUCUCUUGUCCAGAAUCAUCUGCAAGCUGGAAUGCACGGUUACCUCAACAUAAAAGAACAUGUGGGGAAAGACGUGCUCAAGAAGAAAUUAUCCUUUAAGGAAUUGCGUAUGAUUAAGGACUGGGAAUAUUUCAUUGCUGCAGAAGAAAUCACCUGGGAUUAUGCUCCAGAAAUUCCAGAGACCAUUGAUAGGCAAUAUAAAUCUCAGUACUUGGACAACUUCUCAAAUCUCAUUGGGAAGAAGUAUAAAAAGGCCGUUUUCAGGCAGUAUGCAGAUGCCAACUUCAAUAAGCGUCUGGAGACUCCCCGGCCCAAGAAAAUGGGAAUUCUGGGCCCUGUUAUCAGAGCUCAGGUUAGAGACAUAAUCAAGAUUGUGUUCAAAAAUAUGGCCAGUCGACCCUACAGCAUUUACCUCCAUGGAGUGACGCUUUCAAAGGAUGCAGAAGGAGCCACUGACCCCCUGGAUUCCACAGAGAAUAGCACUCUGAGUAAAGCAGUUCAACCAGGGGAAACUUACACGUAUCAAUGGAGCGUCGUGGACACCGAUCAGCCCACUGCACAGGAUGCCCAGUGUCUAACGAGAUUAUAUCACAGUGCUGUAGAUGUAACCAGGGAUAUAGCCUCUGGACUGAUUGGCCCACUUCUGAUUUGUAAAACUGAAGCACUGGACAAGAGGGGUGUGCAGAAAAAGGCGGAUGCAGAGCAGCAGGCCGUGUUUGCCGUGUUUGAUGAAAACAAGAGUUGGUACUUAGAGGAUAACAUCAAGCAGUACUGCAGCAACCCCUCCAGCGUUAAAAGGGAUGAUCCCAAGUUCUACAAGUCUAACGUAAUGCACACAAUAAAUGGCUACAUGUCUGACAGAACUGAAAUCCUUAGCUUUUGCCAUGACGACAUUGUGCAGUGGCACAUCUCCAGUAUUGGCACCCAGGAUGAGGUAGUGUCCAUACGCUUUUCUGGUCACACUUUUUUGACUCGAGGGAAGUAUGAAGAUGUACUGAAUCUUUUUCCCAUGAGUGGAGAAUCGGUCACUGUAGAAAUGGACAACACUGGUACGUGGCUUUUUGCAUCCUGGGGUUCCCCUGAGAUGAGUCAUGGCAUGAGGCUGAGGUUUAAAGAUGCCAAAUGUGAAAAAGAUGUAGAUUAUUAUUCUGAUGAGGAGGACUCCUACAAAAUCGUACAUUUCUCCUCUGAGAAGACUUUAAAAAAUGUGCCUGUAACCUCACCCCAAACUGGAGGAGAAACAGAAGAAACAUCAGAAAAAAACCAGCAGUCUUCUGAUGAUUUUGAUUAUCAAGAUUUUCUGGCCUCAAGUUUGGGACUUCGGACAUUUGGGAAUAAAUCAAUGGUCCAGGAAGAAAUGCAGAAUCUUACUGCUCUGGCCAUAGAUGAGUACUUUGGCACCAUCACUAAGAGUGCUGAUGUGGCUGCUGGCUCAGAUCUGCCAUUCAUGGAGAACAGUGAUACUUUGGACACUGAGGAGCUCUUGGAAACACAAAGCACUGCUCCUCUCCCAACCGAGGCUGGGUGCCUCCAUAAAAAUUGCACAGUGGCAGCAGAAGAACAUUCACUUCCAGUCACCACAACAGCAGUAAGUCCUGACUUGGCAUCUGAAGCUGGAAACCAAAGUGACUAUGAAGCAAAUCAGAGUCAGAUGUCAGGAAAUUACGAGAAAACACUUGCAGGUGAACUACUGAGGACCAGGGAAGAAGCCCAAACAAAAGAUGCAGCAGAACUGUUAUCUGACAGAGGGGACAGCAUGAAAUCCUCCUUUGCAACACUCUAUUCAGAGGAACCUCAAGAGGAAAGUUCAGGAGGAGAAUACAAUUUCAGUAGAAAGAGGGAAAGGCGAGACCUGCUGGAGACUAAGUUUUAUGCCAUUAAAAAGAUGCAAGCCCUCUUCGAUCGUAUACAGCAAAAUAAAAGUCUUUCCUCUCUUGGAAACACCAGUUCAGACAGAGCACCUCUUUCUGCUCACCAUGCAGAGAAUAUCUUCAGUUCAGAUAUGUUAGGGACUGACCAAUUUCCAAAUGAAUAUGUUGAAGACCAGGACGUGGAGGAGGAAGAGGAGAAGGAAACCAAGAAAGAAAAUGCUCAAUUUCCCAAACAUGCAGAACACUUACCUUUUGCUGUGGGACACAGGGCAGAAAACGAUCAGUUAAACAUGUUCAAUCUCUCUGACUUAGAACUACCCAAAGAUAAACAAGAAAGAAAUUUUACUCUAGAUUAUGCAGCGGAUAUCUUAAUUUCUACUAGCAGUCCAGUGGUGGCAAAGGACAUGCUGGGAAAGCUGUCGCCAAGGGAUAUCAAGUCUUCAUCUAAAAUUAUGAAUGAGAACAGGAAUUUGGCCUCUGGGAAGGAGAGUUAUGGGAUGGAGACAAAUUCAGCUCAGGCUGCUGAUGAGUUACAGAAUCAUUCCAGAAAUGCUACAAUGCCUACAAGAGAGAGUGUAUCCCUGAAGAAGAAGAAGCAAGGGAAAUUCAAAGGCUACUCACAGUUUACAAAGGGUCAUUGGAAUGUAAGCAGCAAGCAUUCGACUCUGAAAGGGGAGAAGAGAAAUGUGAAUGGCACCUUGAGUACAUCUGUGACUCUCAUCAAGACCCGAAGGAGGAAAAAGGAUAAUCAAAAGUAUAGUAGUCUCUCAUUGACACCCAGAGGUGUGAGACCCCCAAAGAUACCUGGAGAGCAAAACUGCACAUUAUUUUCCAGUGAGGCCAACCACACAGUGUCCCUCUGUGAGGCCAACAAUACAGCAUUGCCCAGCGAGGCCAACCUCCCAGUUUUGCCAAGCAGGUCUAACUACACGCUGACCCCAAGACAGUUUAAGCCAGUCAUCAUAGGGCUUCCCAGUGGGAAUGGGGACUACAAGGAGUAUGUUCCAGGAGGCUCUGACAGUGAGGAAAUUGCAGAUUACCCAUAUUCAUAUGAAUACGUAGAAUUCGAUGAUCCAUACACAAAGGACCCCAGAUUCAACAUUAAUAAUGUCCGUAACCCUGAUGACAUUGCUGUGCAUUAUCUACGCAGCAGAGGGAACAUGAGGAGAUACUACAUCGCAGCCGAAGAGGUCUUCUGGGACUAUGCAGGAUUAAAGAAAAGCACAAUGAGGAAUGACAGAACCAGCCAUGAUGGGGGCAACACUAUAUACAAAAAAGUGAUUUUCCAAAGCUAUGUGGAUAGUACCUUUACAACUCGGGAGCCCGAAGGGGAGUAUGAAGAACACCUGGGUAUCCUGGGUCCUGUUAUCAGGGCUGAGGUAGAUGAUGUCAUCCAAGUUCAUUUUAAAAAUCUGGCAUCCAGACCAUAUUCCCUCCAUUCCCAUGGGCUUUUCUAUGAGAAAUCCUCUGAGGGAAGCAGUUAUGAGGAUGAUUCUCCAGACUGGUUCAAAAAGGAUGAUGCAGUUCAGCCAAAUGACACCUAUACCUACGUAUGGUUUGCAACCAAGCGGUCUGGACCUAUACAACCUGGAGCAGCCUGUAGGUCCUGGGCCUAUUACUCCGCUGUAAACCCGGAGAAAGAUAUUCACUCAGGCUUGAUUGGUCCAAUCUUGAUCUGUCAAAAGGGAACCCUCAGUACAAGUAACAACAGGCCAGUAGAUACCCGAGAGUUUGUCCUGCUUUUUAUGGUCUUUGAUGAAGAGAAAAGCUGGUACUUCAAUAAGCAUUCCAAAAGGACUUACAGUGAGAAGACCUCAGAAGUGCAAAAAUACCAUAAAUUCCAUGUCAUUAAUGGGAUCAGAUAUCACUUGCAAGGACUGAGGAUGUAUAAAGAUGAACUGGUCCGAUGGCACUUGUUGAAUAUGGGUGGGUCAAAAGAUAUUCACGUGGUUCACUUUCAUGGUCAGACCUUCACAGAAGUCCCUGGGCAUCAGCUUGGUGUCUAUCCUCUCCUUCCAGGCUCAUUUCGAACUAUUGAAAUGACACCACCAAAAUCUGGCAUGUGGCUUUUAGACACCGAAGUGGGGGAAUAUCAGCAAGCUGGAAUGCAGGCCUCCUUUAUCGUUGUAGAAAAAGAGUGCAAGUUACCAAUGGGCCUAAUGAAUGGACUUAUACUUGAUUCACAGAUCAGUGCUUCUCGUCACAUAAACUAUUGGGAACCUAAAUUAGCUAGAUUAAACAACGCUGGAAAAUAUAAUGCUUGGAGCACUGACAUGGAGCAAGGUGAAUUUCCAUGGAUCCAGGUGGACCUGCAAAGGCAAGUUCUGAUCACAGGGAUACAGACGCAGGGAGCCAAGCAGUUGAUGAAGUCCUUGUAUGUCAAAGAGUUCUUUGUGACUUACAGCAAGGACAAACGGAAGUGGAUCACCUUCGUAGGAAACAGCACUGGGGGACAGAAGUUGUUUGAAGGUAAUUCAGAUGCCCAUGGGAUAAAAGACAACCAUAUUGAUCCACCUAUCAUUGUUAGGUAUAUUAGGGUUUAUCCAACUGACUCCUACAACAGGCCUACUCUUCGCAUGGAACUCCUGGGCUGCGAAGUUGAAGGUUGCUCUCUGCCACUGGGAAUGGAAAAUGGGGAGAUCAAGAAUGCUCAGAUUACAGCUUCUUCCUAUAAGAAAUCCUGGUAUAACUCAUGGGAGCCUUCCCUCGCGCGUCUCAAUCAGGAAGGGAGGGUGAAUGCCUGGCAAGCGAAGUCAAACAACAACCAGCAGUGGCUGCAGAUUGAUCUCCUCAAAGCGAAGAAGAUAACCGCUAUCACAACCCAGGGUUGCAAGUCCAUGUCUAUGGAGCAGUUUGUGAAAACCUAUGUCAUCCAUUACAGAGAUGAAAGCACAGAAUGGAAACCUUAUAUGGAUGAGUCCACUUCAGUGGGAAAGGUAUUUGUGGGGAAUGAGGACAGCAGCGGACAGGUCAAACAUUUCUUAAAUCCACCCAUAUUUUCCAGGUUCAUCCGCAUUGUUCCUAAAACCUGGAAUCGAAGCAUUGCUCUUCGGGUAGAACUCUUUGGCUGUGAUCCUUCCUAGGUGCUGGACACAGAGUACACAUGAACAAAGGAUUCCCAAGUCUGGGAGCCUUACACCUUUCAGUAGUCACUAUGCAGAACUGCAUUUUGUAGUCAUUUUUAGUCCUUCUGAAGUGCCUUUCCUCCAAGGAUCUUAGUGUUCUGCCAACGUGAAUUAAAAGAGAAUUUCACUGGCAGACAUUUCAUUCAUAUAAAUGUACAUUAAGGAUACAGCUGCACAGCAGCGGGGACGGUGCUUCCCAGAGCGGGUGGGUAGAGACAUGCUUGCUCCCAGGGCCAGAUCCAGGCACCAGCUAAGGAAGCAGGUGCUUGGGGUGGACAGUAGAAAGGGGUGGCACUCUGUCCGCUAUUCGGGUGGCACAUCCAGGUCUUCGGGAAUUCGGCGGCAGGUCCUCCUUUUCCUCUUUGAACUGCUGGCCAAAGUCCCGCUCCGCCAAUAGGCUUUUUUUUUUUUUUCCCCCACCGCUUGGGGCGGCAGAAAACCUAGAGCUGGCGCUGCUUGCUCCACUUGAUCUUGUGUGCUCCAGCAGCAGUGUGGGCAGCAGCUCUGGCUGGCCAACCACGUAUGGACGCAGAGGUGGGAUUAUUCUCAGGUGGCUAGCCCAAGCCGCCAUAGCCAUACUGCUAUUUUUAGCACGCAGGCUGGAGCAGAGCUAGCACGUGUCGGUUCACCUGCACCGUCCCAGCUGCAGUGCAGCCCCACCCUUAAAAAGAGAAAGCAACAAACAUCAAAUCCACAAAGAAUGCAACUUUGACAUGCCCCUUUUCAUGGGAAUCUGUGCACCUGAAUGCAUUCCUUCCAUUUCUCUAUCGCUGUCUUCUUCCCCCAUUCACCGUCAAUGGUCUGUUCUCCUUUUGUCCUGGUCCUGGCCUAAUUUUAGAUUAAAUCUCCUGAGGGCAGGGACCUUGGGCUUAAUCCUGAGCCCAGAUUUGCUCUCUGUGUAGCCCUCUCAAUAGCCUCUUUCCAUGGAAAUCUGUAGGGUGCGCCACACCUAUUGUCUGUUGAUAAAGCAGAGCACCCGUGUGACAUGCUCUUGUCAUGAAAAUACUUAAUAAUCGAGCAGCUACACUUUAUACCAGCUCCAGAUUUGGGGUGAUCUCCUAUUGUCACAUUUUGUAGAUCCCAAGGUGAUGGCAUGGAUUACUGUGUAGCAAGGGUCACGCUUUUCUUGCCAGACACUGGUGGGGGGGG